UGAGGUAUUUUUAGAGCAAUUGACUCCUUAAACCACGUGUGCCAACGUUGAUCAGGAUGACUGUUCAAUCGGCCCUUGUGCCAAUCUUGCUCUUGGUGCUGGUUUCGGGCAUGGUACACUGCGCGCCGUUAAUGUCCCCCCAGCGAAAUGACACACUGGACCGACGCUGGGAGUCCCUAUUUUCGAGGUCAAUGUCUAGGAUCCCCGGGGAAAGAAGAGACACAAACGGGGAAAGUGACUAUUUGCUGGGCAUCAAGAGACUGCGACGGCUUUAUUGCAACGUGGGCAUUGGAUUUCAUAUUCAGGUUUUACCGGACGGCAGAAUCAACGGGAUGCACAACGAAAACCGCUACAGUUUAUUGGAAAUCUCCCCAGUGGAGGUUGGAGUAGUGAGCCUAUAUGGUGUCAAUAGUGAACUAUUUGUGGCCAUGAAUGGAAAGGGAAAGCUAUAUGGAUCGAAACAUUUUACCGACGAAUGCAAGUUCAAGGAAACGCUUCUUCCGAAUAACUACAAUGCCUACGAAUCGAGACGGUACCCUGGAAUGUACAUCGCUCUGAACAAAAACGGGAGGACAAAAAAGGGGAACAGAGUUUCCCCGACAAUGACACUGACACAUUUCCUGCCUCGGAUCUGACAGCAUCUGACCUUGAGAAAGUCCUUGGAAAGGGACACCUCCUUCGGACAUAGGGCUGCGGGGGAAGGGGAAUGAACUAUGUGCACUUUCUAAAAAAACUUCUUAAGCGAGAGCCGGUGUAAAAUAUUUAAUUUAAUAAUUUAAGUCUGUAUAUACGGUCCAGGAAGAUUUAAUUUAU